CCUUUGGACCCCGGAACUUGUGCUCUAGGCUCCGUGUGUCCUGCCCGGAAGGCUAUGGCAGUGGCGACUGUGGCCGCAGCGCUCCUGGCCGCACUGGGUGGGACGCUGUGGCUGGCUGUGCGGCGGUUCUCGGGGUCCAGGGACCAGCGGAUGCAGGGAGGCGGGGACCAGAGCCUCAUGCACGGAAAGACAGUGCUGAUCACUGGGGCAAACAGCGGCCUGGGCCGAGCCACGGCCGCCGAGCUGCUGCGCCUCGGGGCGCGGGUCAUCAUGGGCUGUCGGGAUCUCGGGAGAGCGGAGGAGGCGGCUGGUCAGCUCCGGCAGGAGCUCGGCCAGGCCGGGGGUCAAGGUCAAGAGCCCGACGCCGCCAAAGGCCAGCUGGUCGUCAAGGAGCUGGACCUUGCCUCUCUACGUUCAGUGCGAAACUUCUGCCAAGAAUUGCUGCAGGUCAUCACUGUGACUUUACACCUGGAACACAUUGUGCAUUUCUUUCCCUCUGUCAUCAGAAGAGACAGAGAAGCCAGAAAAGAGCCAAGGAAAACCAACCUAAAUGAUGAGGAACCCAGGCUUGACGUCCUGAUCAAUAAUGCAGGGAUCUUCCAGUGCCCAUACAUGAAGACGGAAGAUGGCUUUGAGAUGCAGUUUGGAGUGAACCAUCUGGGCCACUUCCUACUCACCAAUCUUCUGCUUGGCCUCCUCAAAAGUUCCGCUCCCAGCAGGAUUGUCGUCGUUUCUUCCAAACUUUAUAAAUAUGGAGACAUCAACUUUGAAGACUUGAACAGUGAACAGAACUAUAAUAAAAGCUUCUCUUAUAGUCGAAGCAAACUGGCUAACAUUCUUUUCACUAGAGAACUAGCCCGUCGCUUAGAAGGCACAAACGUGACUGUCAAUGUGUUGCAUCCUGGUAUUGUGCGGACAAACCUCGGGAGGCACAUACACAUCCCACUGUUGGCCAGACCACUUUUCAAUUUGGUAUCGUGGGCGUUUUUCAAAACUCCACUAGAAGGUGCCCAGACUUCCAUCUACUUAGCCUCCUCACCCGAGGUGGAAGGGGUAUCCGGAAAGUACUUUGGAGAUUGUAAGGAGGAAGAACUAUUGCCCAAAGCUAUGGAUGAGUCAGUUGCAAGAAAACUGUGGGAUAUCAGUGAAGUGAUGGUCGGCAUUUUAAAGUAGGAGUAAAGAUAAGAGCGCUAUUUAUAAGACUAUCCAUCACGGCUUUGGUUGGGAGCAGCGUGUUGUGAGCGUGUGCUAUUUGAAAACAGUUUGAGUUUUAUGGUAAUACUGCCGAGAGGUACACAUGAACACUUGAAGAGCGCUGUUACGUGGGCUAAUGCAAAGUUAAAAAACUAAAGUGAGCAGCACCAUUCUCUGUUUUACUAUUAAAAAUUAUAAUUGGGCAAUCAUAAAUAACAAAUGCAAAGAUAUUGGCAGUUUAAAAGGUAUUUUAAGAGGGUUUACUAAAACCUUUUGCGUUUCACAGUGAGAUGUUAAGAAUUUUUCCUACAGUGCCUGUUUUGUGGAAAUAAUAUGCCUAGUGUGUGCACAUAAAUUAUUACUUGGAAUAAAUUUAUGAAGCCGA